GAGUUCAACUCUGAGCCCCUCGGCACCGCAUCCAUCGCUCAAGUCCACCGCGCAGUGCUGAACGAUGGGCGGAAGGUGGCAGUGAAGGUGCUGAGGCCCAACUGCGAGAGCGUACUCCGCGCGGACGUGGCGAACCUGAAAGUCUUUGCUAGGGCGCUGAAGGGCCGGCUGCCAGUGGACUACUACCCGGUGUUUUGCGAGCUGGAGAGGGCGCUUGCGGGGGAGCUUGACUUCCUGAACGAGGCCCAGAGCGCCCAGAAGGUGGCCGCCUCCAUCAGGCACGACCCCAUGGGCCGCCAGCUGGAGUCGCCGUUGGUGGUGCCGCUGCCCAUCUCGGGCAUGGCGUCGCGCCGCGUGCUUGUGAUGGAUUUCAUCGACGGAACGCCCUUGUCGAGGCUGGAGCAGAGGGCCAAGGAGCUCGGCAUGAGCCUGGACAGCCCUGCUGGCAAGGCGCUCGGCAGGCGGAUCCUCGGAGCGCUCACGUCCGCAUACGGCAACAUGAUAUUCUCCUCAGGCUUCGUCCAUGGCGACCCACACCCGGGGAACAUAUUCACGGAUUUGUCCUUGAAGGCGGCCGAGUAG